UUUAGGUUUGUGUCACUAUUUACAACGGAAAAAAAUCAAGUCAACCUAGCUCCGAAACAUAAACAUUGUAUCCCUGCACGACAUUUUACAAGCAUAUAGACAAAAAUUAAUCAGUGGGGAUUGCAAACUACUUGAUAGUUUUCUUUAUGUCCAAGUCUACUGCUCACCUAUACGGCAAACUUAUAUUACAAAUAAUUACAAGUCAUUGACAUAUUAUUGCAAAUAUUCUUUUGAGUACUAUAAGAGACACUCGAUAUUUCUAGAAUUACCUGUUUUUGUAUUCCUCUUUAUAAGAAUGGCUGUGAAAAAUUUGGUAUUAGUUACUGGUGGAACCGGCUAUGUUGCGACCUUCACCUUGUAUCAGUUAUUACAACGAGGAUAUAAUGUCCGUACUUCAGUCAGAAAUAUUGGCAGAUCUGAAGAAUUGAACAAGGACUUACUUGGAUUAAAUUCUUAUGAACAUGUCAAAGGUUAUGGUGAUGAAAAUAAGACUUUUGAAAAACUCACCUCUGAAAUGUUGAAUAAAAAAUUAACAUACUUUGCAGCAGAUUUGAAUAAAUCUGCUGGAUGGAAAGAAGCUAUCGAAGGUGUAGAAUAUAUUUUGCAUAUUGCCUCUCCCAUUAGUACAGGACCAAGUACCGAUGAAGAAAUGGUCACUCCAGCAGUCGAAGGUACCAAGAGAAUUCUAGAUUUAGCCUUAGAAUACAACGUCAAAAGAGUUGUCGUUUUAUCUUCUUGUGCUGCUGUUACUUAUAAUGAAUUACCAUCCGGUUCUUUGUUGGAUGAAUCAGUAUUUUCUUCAGAAAAAGUGCUUCCAAACUCCUAUAGUAGAUCGAAACUCUACCAAGAGAAGGCUGUCUGGGAAUGGAUCAAAUCGGAUAAAAAUACUAAAUCAUCCAAACCGGUAGAGGUAACCGUAUUGGCACCUCCUGGAAUUUAUGGACCAAACGUACCUGGGAAGCUUUCUCAAUCUGCCACUGCUGUUGUCAAAAAUUUAAUUGAUGGGAAAAUGAAAAUUGGAGCUCCCAAGCUUUACUUUGGUGCUGUGGACGUAAGAGACGUUGCUUAUUUAUCAUACAGAGGAAUGUCUGAACCGAUUGCUAAAAAUCAAAGAUAUAUUAUAGAUGCUACUGAUAAGCCAGAUUUAUCAAUCCUUCAAUUUGCUGAAAUGAUCCGUUCAUAUUAUUCAAUCCCAGAGAAUAACAAAGAUGGGAAAGUGGAUAUUACAAAGCUACCAACAAGAGAAUUACCAUCGUGGUUUGUUCGUGUAGUGUCUUAUAUUAUUACACCCUUAAGUGCCAUUGUACCAUAUUUAGAUAUUACCAAACAUACCACAAAUGCCAAGGCAGUUAAAGCAUUUAAUUGGAAACCAAUUACAAUCCAAGAAUGUGUGGUUGCAACAAUAGAUACGAUGUAAUUACUUCUUCUUAUUAUUUUUGAGUAAGUAUGUAUCAGGCUUGAUUUAUAGCAGUCUGUUUUCUACCUCUCAUUGUUAUUAAAUUUUUAAAUAAAUAGCAGAUACAAUAAAACGACAUAUAUUCGGUAUAAUUCACUUGAACAAUUAUCUUAUAAAACAUGUAAGUCAUAAUUGUAGUAUUUUUCGAGCCAGUUGCACUCUGCGAUCAUAUUAAUAAGAAGAGUCUUGCAAAUGUUCAUACAUUAGAGAGGCU